AUGAAGUCGCCCAGCAUCGCUUACGACAAUGGCGAGGCCACCACGCUAAUGGGCAUUGAUGCCGAGAUUCUUGAUAGCGUCACCGAAAUGAUGCACGAAACGUGGGCACAGGUCAUCGAAGUGCUCGUGGGUAUAGGGCUUCUCGCUAGGCAGGUUGGCUGGAUCUGGCCUCUUCCACUCAUUUUGAUAUACUCCUUGCCAAAGGGCUUGGAGCAGCGCAACACAAGAUCGUUUAGCGGCAACAAGCUGUGUGCACGGCGCAUCCAAGAACUUCGGAAGCUGGAACUCUACGCAGCCUCGAAACUUGGAUGGAUCAUGGUAUACUACAACGCGUCCGCUAAUGCUCUCGGGAUAUUUUCUCCGGCUAUCACUUUGGUUAUUUACGCCGUCCUCGCUUCGACUCGUGGAGACGCCUUGAAUACAGAAACAGCGUUCACUACCAUGGCGAUAUUGAGCAUGGUUACGCACCCGGCAAACAUGAUCAUGACCAUUGUCCCUCGAGCGAUGGCAGCAUUUGCUGCAUUUGAACGAAUCCAAUCAUUCCUGCUUCGAAGAUAUUCGCAAGCAAGUCGUGGAUCGCUACCUCCAAUUGCUUCCCAAACGUUUUCCGGCGUUCCGGGACAUGCGGAGAGACCGAGCAUUGCCAUUCAAAUUCAUGAGCUUGACAUUGGCAAACAACAAUCCAUCUUGGAGAAAAUAAGCAUUCAAGUAGCCGCUGGAUGCUUUACGAUAGUAUCGGGCCCUACCGGCAGCGGCAAGUCAACGUUGCUGCGUGCAGUUCUGGGAGAAGUGACCCCUUCCAACGGGUCUGUCAGUGUAGCAACACGACAGAUAGCAUACUGCUCUCAGAAACCCUGGUUGCCAAAUGGCACCAUCAGAGACGCCAUUUACGGCCCGACGAAUGGUGUUGGAGGGAUUGACCGAGAUGCUGAACUCUGGUUUCAGGAGGUAGUGGAUGCGUGUUGUCUCACCCACGACAUCAAUUCCCUCCGCAACGGGGACCAGACGCAAAUUGGAAGUAGGGGCCUCAACUUAUCCGGAGGGCAGCGACAGCGUGUAGCUCUUGCGCGAGCGUUGUUUGCAAGACGCCGCAUAAUCCUCCUUGAUGACACCUUCAGCGGGCUAGACGUUGAUACAGAGCAAACUGUUUUUAAAAAUUUAUUGGGCUCGGCUGGCCUAUUAAGGCGAUCGAAGGCUACGGUGGUCCUCGUUUCGAACUCGUCUCAGUAUUUUCAAUCCGCGGAUCACGUUGUUGUUUUGGGAAACCGUAGAGUUAUAGAUCAAGGAAAGUGGCAGAACAUAAAGGUAAGAGCAUCCUCCAUUGCUAAGUUCGCUUCCAGCGUAAAAGUCGAUAAAAAUGUCAUUCUCUCGGGAAACUUUGACAAACUCGCGGCCCAAUUGCGAGCAAGAGACGAAACGCAGCAAGAUCUUUCCAGAAAAAAUGGAGAUCCCGCUCUAUACGGUUACUAUCUGGGGUUUAUCGACGGCAUGAACAUCUUUCUCUUCCUCGCCACCACAAUGUCAUAUGGCUUCUUCAUCGUCAUCCCCCAGUACUGGCUCCAGCUUUGGACCGAAUCAGGUGCCGCAAGCACGUCAUUCUACGUGGGAGGAUUCCUCUUCCUAUCCACGAUGUCUUGGGCCAUGACCAGCGCUCAGAUGUGGUCCGUUCUAAUUCGACUUGCUCCGCAAUCUGGGUCGCGUUUGCACCAACGUUUGCUGCAAAUCGUGGCAAGCGCCCCUUUGUCGUACUUUUCCGAAACCGAUAAUGGCUCGAUUCUAAACAGAUUUGGCCAAGAUGUCCAGCUCAUUGACAAGCAGUUGCCAGCGGCAGUGCAAAAUGUCGUCCCUCAAAUCUUCAAGCUACUCAUGCAAGUUAUACUUUUGGGCAUGGCUGAGAAGUGGCUCAUUGUGCCAUUUUCGAUCUGCAUGGUCGUUGUCUACCUUGUUGAAGGUCUUGAAACAAUUCGGUCGUUUGGCUGGACCGAGGCCGUGAUACGGAAGAGCGUACAAAGCAUCAGCAACUCCCAGCGACCGGAAUUUGUUUCCUUGUGUCUCCAAAGGUGGCUCAGUAUUGUGCUGGAUUCUAUGGCCUCGGCUGUUGCAACAAGCGUUGUUGCGAUGGCCGUUGCACUGCGAGCGCAUGUUAGCGGUGCACAAGUAGGAAUUGCACUCAACAUCAUGCUUGUGGCGAACACAACAUUGCUGAAGCUUGUGGAAAACUGGACUACGUUAGAAACAUCUAUUGGUGCCGUUGCUCGCUCUCAGACGCUCGAGAAAACAACCCCGGUGGAGGGUGGAAGGCCUCGAGACUUCAAACUUGCUGCGGACUGGCCUUCCAGGGGGCACAUCGAAUUCAAAAACGUCACCGCAUCCUACGAGGUUGGCUUAGUUGCGCUGCAGAACAUACGUUUGACUGUUGCCGCGGGCCAGAAACUCGUGGUUAUCGGGCGCACUGGAAGCGGUAAAAGCACUCUGGUCUUGACCCUUUUACGUCUCCUCGAGCUGCAAUCUGGUAUAUCUCAGGACCCCCUUCUUUUCCUCAACGAGAGCUUACGCUUCAACUUGGAUCCCGACAGCUCAGUAUCAGAAGAUGUCCUCAUCCGUGCAUUGGCGCAAACGGGACUGCAGUCGCAUUUUUUUCACGGCGGCUCGAACUCGACUGACGAAUUAGCGGCGACGAUCAAGACUCCAGAUGUUGGUGAACAUCCAGUUCUUGAUCAGAAACUCUCACUGCUACAGGAGCUCUCCGUAGGGCAAUCUCAGCUGUUUGCGCUCAGCCGAGCGCUCGUGAAGGCUGCUCUGCUACGGCAUCUUGGACUGAAGCCCGUGGUCGUGCUGGAUGAGGUUACGUCUUCCCUCGACACUGCAACGGAAUCGGCCAUCUAUACCAUCAUCGACGAUGAGUUUACCAAACGAGGCCACACGGUCAUCAUCGUCGCCCACAGACUCGGCGUCUUGGAGAAACACAUAAAGGUCGGAAGGGACGCUGUAGCGUUGUUGGCAGAUGGUAGAUUGCGCGAGGUCGUUCGGUUCUCAACCUCGACAACCUCCCAACAUUGGACGCGGAUGUAA